AAAGACGGCUAGGAUUGUUCAAGACUCUUCCCCCUCGAGCUAUCGAAUCUGUCGUCCGCUUAGCAUAUUUCUGAACACAGCGCUAGAAGCCCAGACAACAUAUCCACCAAGCUCAAAAGGCGGUCCCAGAGAUUACUGCGAGACAGGAGACACAGCCAGGAGAGGAUGAGGAGAGGAGGAAUGACUCCCCACAGCCACGGUCGACGUGCUCGGAUCUUCACUCUUCGACCCGUUUUGCCUCGAGUUGUCGUCACCAGUCGGCCCUACGGUUCCAGCAAGACAACAUGAUAUACCCAAAGCGUUUUCACGGCUCUGUUUUUGUAUGUAGGUAUAGACAAUCAGUUCAGCGAGUAGUAUCGAUUCUGCAAUUCGACAUACAGAGAUCUUCAUUAUGCGUCGCAAUCUCUGGACUGGGGUACUUUGGAAGCACUGACUGAAGACGGACAAUUCCGUCCCCAGACCCCAAGAAAAUCAUUCGUGGCUCAUUUCCACUUGUAUUAUGACAGUCGAACUGAACAGAUGUUGGUCGGCCAAGCUGGCUUACCGGCACUUUGACCCCCAGCUUGGGUGCUUGGCUGGACCGGGGCCUGGCUCAUCUCGUCACGAAGUCGAAGAUCCAGCGAGCUAGACUCAUCAUGGACACUCAGCACGCUAGCUCUCAACAUCGGUGUAAGAUCAGAAACACUAUGAAAGGUGAGCUUGCCCACCCAUCUGGCUCUUGGAUCUUCUUCUUUUAUAUCUCUCCCUACGUCCCUUUUGAUCCUGUUCACCCCCAUCAUCAAACGGCGUGCUUUCCCAGCCGUGCAAGCCUCGUGUUUGCGUCCACUCUUUGAGUCAAUCUCAUCACAUACUCUUUAACAACACCUCAUUUAUUCUAUUCCAAUACCAAAGCUAAUCAUUUAAUAUAAUCAUGCACAAAAGUCUAGUGGCAGCGGCCGUCUUGGCCGCUACCGCCCGGGCCCACACCCUCACCGAGGCCAAGGUCAACGUUUACUGGGGACAGAGGGGAGACGCCAGGCUCAGGGAUCACUGCGACCAGGCCAACUUCGACUAUGUCACUAUUGGCGCUCACUGCGAUGCCACCUACUACACGAACGGCACAACCAGCGGGCACAUGAAUGGCAAGUGCAGCGUCGUUGCGUCGGACAUCAAGCACUGCCAGGAGAAGGGAAAGAAGGUUCUGCUUUCCCUUGAUGGUGUCGAGCACAUGGGCUCGCGCUUUUCUCUGUCCAGCGAAGCCAAGGCCGAGGAGUUUGCCAGCUUCCUGUGGGGAGCCUUUGGACCCUACGAUGCCAAGUGGACGGGACCCCGUCCUUUUGACUUUGCUGGUCACCGCGUCUCGGUUGAUGGUUUCAACUUGGAUGGCGAGCUCAAGCUCAACGGAGCCGGCGAAGGUGCUUAUGCCGCCAUGGCCAAGAAGCUUCGUGAGUUGUACAACGGCAACGCCGAGCUCCUUCUUACUGCCGCCCCCGGAUGCUCGCUUGAUGAUGUCAAGAUGAAGGCCAUCUUCGACAACGCCCAGUUCGAUGCCCUGUUCAUCCAGUUCUACAACAACCCUAGCUGCGAGGCUGCCUCGGCCUCUGGCUUCAACUACCUCCAGUGGGAGAAGGCCAUCGCCGCCGGCAUGAGCAAGGAGGCCAAGCUCUUCAUCGGUCUUGCUGGAGCUUCUGAUGCCGCUGGCUCUGGAUAUAUCGAGCCCCUCGAGGCUGCUGCUCUGAUCAACACCUACAAGACCCGCUCCUCUUUUGGCGGUGCCAUGGUCUUGGAUGCCUUCCGCGGCCAGACUUUGGCCAAUGGAAUGACUUUCCUCGAUGUGAUCAACACUGUUGUCUCCUCCGCCGAGGCUGUUGACCUGAGCUCUGAGUUCUGCGAGGACGAGUCUGCCCUUCCCAAGGUCCCCUCCGUCACCGAGGGUUCUGCCGGUGGCUUUUUCACUGUUGCUGACCCUUCCGCCAUCACCUCUGGCCCCGUCGUUCUCCCCUCCGGUGGCAGCUCUGUUCUCCCCACCGGUGGUAGCUCUGAAGACGAGGUCUGCGAGGACGAGAAUGUCAUUCCCAAGGUCCCCUCCGUCACCGAUGGCGCUCACGAGGUUAACCCCACCAUUGUUGAUACUUCCAUCAUCACCUCUGUCCCCGUCGCUCUCCCCUCUGGCGACCGCUCCGAGAUCAUUGGCGGCAGCCCCGCUACCGAGGACGACGUCUGCGAAGGCGAAAUUAUGACCGAGGAUCCUCUUCGCUCUGGCGUUGUUCCUAGCGGUGUUAUGCCCACCGGUGCCCUUCCUUCCGGUGUCCUUCCCUCUGGCGACCGCUCCGACAUCAUUGGCGCCAUUCCCUCUGGCUCUAUUCCCCUUGGCUCUGCUCCCUCUGGCCUCGUUCCCUCUGGCUCUAUUCCCCUCGGCUCUGCUCCCUCUGGCCUCGUUCCCUCUGGGUCUAUUCCCCUUGGCUCUGCUCCCUCUGGCCUCGUCCCCUCUGGCGCCGUUCCCUCUGGCUCCAUUCCCCUUGGUUCCGUCCCCUCUGGCGACCGCUCCGACAUCAUUGGCGCUAUUCCCUCUGGAUCCAUUCCCCUUGGCUCCGUCCCCUCUGGCGUUGUUCCUUCUGGUGACCGCUCCGAGAUUAUUGGCAGCCCUGCUGAUGAGGACGACGUUUGCGAAGGCGAGGACCCUGUUCGCUCUGGCCUUGUCCCCUCUGGUGCCGUUCCCACUGGCGACCGCUCCGACAUCAUUGGCGCUAUUCCCUCUGGCUCCAUUCCCCUUGGCUCUGCUCCCUCUGGCCUCGUUCCCUCUGGCGCUGUUCCUUCUGGUGACCGCUCUGAGAUCAUUGGUGCUAUUCCCUCUGGCUCCAUUCCCCUUGGCUCCGUUCCCUCUGGCGCCGUCCCCUCUGGUGACCGCUCCGAGAUCAUUGGCGCUAUUCCCUCUGGCUCCAUUCCCCUUGGCUCUGCUCCCUCUGGCGCCGUUCCCUCUGGCCUCGUUCCUUCUGGCAUUGUUCCCUCUGGUGCCGUUCCCUCUGGCGACCGCUCCGAGAUCAUUGGCAGCCCCGCUGACGAGGACGAUUAUUGCGAAGGUGAGAUUACGCCCGAGGACCCUGUUCGCUCUGGCCUUGUUCCUAGCGGCAUUGUUCCGACUGGCGCCGUUCCCACUGGCCUCGUCCCCUCCGGCGGUGUCAUCGGCAGCACCGUCCCCGGCGGUGUCAUCCCCAGCGGCGUCGCCCCUGGCGGUAUUUUGCCCUCCGGUGUCGUUUCCAGCGUUGGCUCCAAGGUAACCGGCCCUAUCGAUGGCGAUAACGUUGCCCUCCCCAGCGUUGGUCUUCCCUCCGGUGGUGUUAUUGCUUCCGGUGUUGUUCCUUCCGGCGUUGUUCCCUCCGGUGUCGUUUCCAGCAUUGGCUCUAAGGUCACUGGUCCUAUCGAUGGCGAUAACGUUGCCCUCCCCAGCGUCGGUCUUCCCUCCGGUGCUAUUGCUUCCGGUGUUAUUCCUUCCGGUGUUAUUCCUUCCGGCAUUGUUCCCUCCGGUGUCGUCUCCAGCAUUGGCUCCAAGGUCACUGGCCCUAUCGACGGCGAUAACGUUGCUCUCCCUAGCGUUGGUCUUCCUUCUGGCGAUCUUCCUUCUGGCGUUGUCCCCUCCGGUGUCGUUCCCUCUGGUGUUCUUUCCAGCGUUGGUUCCAAGAUCACUGGCCCUAUUAAUGGCCACAACGUUGCCGUUCCUAGUGCUGGUGUUCCUUCCGGUGUUGUUCCCUCCGGUAUCCUUUCCAACGUUGGCUCCAAGGUUACUGGCCCUAUCGAUGGCAAUAACGUUGUCCCUACCGGUAUCCUUCCUUCCGGCAGCGUUCCCUCCGGUGUUGUUUCUAGCGUUGUCUCCAUGGUCACUGCUGAUCCCAUUAACGGCGACAAGAUUGCUGACCCCUCUGCCGUCACCGCCCCCGCUGAGUGGACCACUUCGACCAUCUAUGCCACCACCACCUCUACUAUCACCAGCUGCGCUCCUGAGGUGACCGACUGCCCUGCUAAGAUCGGCCAGGUCACCACUGUUACUGUCCCCAUCGGCGUCACCGUCUGCCCCGUUACCGCCACCGAGACUGCCGCCCGCGCUCCUACUGGUAUCUUUACCUCGGUCCCCGCCGAGUCGAUUCCUGCUGGCUUCACUACCUCGACCGUUUACAGUACCACUACCUCCACCAUCGCUAGCUGCGCUCCUGAGAUGACCGACUGCGCUGGCAAGAUUGGCCAAGUUACUACCGUUAUUGUCCCUGUCGGCGUCACCGUUUGCCCCGUUACCGCCACCGAGACUGCCGCUACCGAGACUGCCGCCCGCGCUCCUACGGGCAUCAUGACCUCGGUCCCCGUCGAGUCGAUCCCUGCUGGCUACACCACCUCGACCGUCUACAGCACUGCCACCUCCACCAUCGCUAGCUGUGCUCCUGAGAUGACCGACUGCGCCGGCAAGAUUGGCCAGGUCACCACCAUCAUCGUUCCCGUCGGCGUUACCGUCUGCCCCAUCACCGAGGCCUUCCCUCCCGCUACCUCGGUCCCCGCCGCUCCCGCCGCUGUUCCUACUGGUGCUGCUAGCGUCCCUGCUGUCUCCGCUGUUCCCACCGGUGGUGCGGGUGUCCCUGCCGUCUCCGCUCCCGCUGUUCCCACCGGUGGUGCUGGUGUUCCCGCCGUCUCCACCCCCGUUGUUCCCUCCGGUGUUGCUGGUGUUCCCGCCGUUUCCGCCCCCGCUGUUCCCUCCGGUGGUGCUGAUGUCCCUGCGGUCUCCGCCCCUGCUGUUCCCUCCGGUGGUGCUGAUGUCCCUGCCGUCCCCUCCAACGGUGCCCCCGGCGCUGGUGUUAACAAGGUCGCCACCUCCUCCGUCGUCUCCGUCUCCUCCAUGCCAUUCACCACCAUCACCGUCGCCAAGCCCGCCGCUUCCGCCCCCGGUGCUCCCGGUGCCCCUGGUGCUGGUGUCCCCGCCGAGUCCGCGGCUGUGCCCGCCGGUGGUGCCCCUGCCGUUCCCUCCGCCGUCAACGCUCCUGUUGUCCCCAGCGGCGCUGUCCCCACUGGCACCGGCGUCUCGGUUGCUCCCUCUAGCGCUGCCUCCACCUACAGCAUGCCUGCGCCGCCUGCUCAGACCGAGCCUGUGACCGGCUCUGAGCCCUCGGAGGUUCCUGUCACUGCUGGCGCCGGACGCAACGUUGUUGCGAUGGGUGUCCCUGCUUUGGUGGCUGCUUUGGUUCUUGCUUUGUAAAGAAUAUUUUUUUUGUGAUAUGCAUGUGGGAAGAAUUUUGAAUGGAGGAUGAAACAAGUGAAAGGGAUGGAUGGGUGUACAUGGAUGAAGAAGCUGAAGAGCAAGAAGAAGAAGAAGGAACUUUUUUGGAUAUGCAUGAUUAGCAAGCUUUUUUUCCCCCGGACAUAUUAGAAAGUGUCUUUUAUCUUACAUACCCUAAUGUACUUGCAUCGUACCUGUUACCCACCCAUCCAUCUUGCAUCUCUUUCUCAUUCUUCUCCAUGUGUCCAUAUUCAUGUCUGGCGGUUUACUAUACCAUUCUGCAUGCAUUCAAUCCAUCCUAGAAGUAUGGACGGGAGAAAUAACAACAAAGCAAAGCGAGCGAACGAGCGAGCGAGCAUAUUAGAUAUUUGGAUUUAUCUAUACUUUUUCUAGCGUCACUUGUUUCCUAGAGUAAGACUUCGCUUCUCUUUGUGUGUUUUCUUUGUAUAUAUAAAGCAGAUGAAUAAGAUACCUACCUAUGAUGAGU